AUGAGCCUCCUUCAGAAUGGCCUCUUAUCCAGGGCCUCGACCUCAACUUCUACCCUCCGAUCGAUAACCCCCAGAUCCCAACCCCAGCUAUUGCGCCGACCACACCCACAACGUCGAUACAACUCCAACCCCUCUACAGGGAAAGCGUCCGAGAGAAACACAUCACCCGCGCAGUCACAUUCACACUUGCACCAUUCAACCACAACUCCACCCAAGUUCCCAGACACUAUUCCCGCCGCUACUGCUGCAGCCGGAGCAGCGACUACACCCGUGCGCCGCGGGUUCCGUGAGGUAAUAAAGGCCGGUCCGGUGGGAAAGUUUGGAAGAUGGUAUGCGCGCGCGCAGGAGCGCAAGCCGUAUACGACACAGUUCUGGAGUUCGAUAGUUAUAUACCUGUGUGGUGAUCUGAGCGCGCAGAUGCUGUUUCCUUCUGAGGUUCCUGCGCCUGCGAUACCGGACUCAGAGGAUGGGGAUGUGGUUGCGCGGGGGGAUGGGGGAACUGUGAGCACUGGUUAUGAUCCGCUUAGGACGCUGCGACAUCUGUGCGUUGGGGCUGGAUCGAGUAUUCCGUCUUAUAAAUGGUUUUUGUGGCUUGGAAACCAUUUCAACUACCCGAGCAAGUUCCUCUCAAUCCUGACAAAGGUCGUCGUACAGCAGUCGUUUUUCACGCCCGUCUUCAACACGUACUUCUUUAGCGUGCACUCUCUGCUUGCUGGUGCGACACUCGACGAGACCUGGGAGCGGUUGAAGAAAGCUCUCCCCGUUAGCAUCCAAAACAGCGUCAAGCUCUGGCCGGCUGUUACCGCGUUCAUGUUUAUGUAUGUGCCGCCACAGUUCCGGAACAUCUUCUCUGGGGGCAUUGCUGUUGGCUGGCAGACAUAUCUGAGCUGGUUGAACCAGAAGGCUGCUAAGGAGGUUGCGGCUGCUGAGGCGCUUGCCGCAGCAGAAGGGAUGAAUGGUACAUUGCAUGCAGUUUCUGGGGGCAACAUGAUCUCUGCUGGGACUGUCGCAGGCAUGUCCUGCCCAGAGAUAAAUGAUGACUCUGAUUAUGGGUCCGAUUUCACACCUGAUGAAGAGGAUCUGCUAAACAAUUUGCUGAACAAAGCCGUCGCGGAAUAUGCGACCGCCGACGCCGACGCCACCUCGUUCUCGACAACCUGGAUCUCGACCCCAACGCCUGGACAGAUCGCCGCGCCAAAAUCUCCAAAACUCGCCGAUCUCGAGUCAUUGCAACCGGCCGCUCUAGAGGCACUCGUUGCAGAUAUCGAGGAUGAGCCUAGCGUUCGCUUGCCUAAGGUGCUGGGCCGGGAAAAGCCUCGCUCGGUAUGGCGGCAGUCGCAAUCUCGACCAGGUCAGGCGGUUAGAUGGGGUGCGAAUGCGAGUGCAAGGGGGAGGUCAAGUCCGCUCUCUCGCAACAGCAACAGGAACAGCCCGUUUGGUAUGCUUUCCGUCCUUACCUCUCCCCUUGUUGACCCACCCUUCUUUUAUGGGUUGGUCCCGUUACAUUCAACCCGAAUUGAACUGACAACAUCUUCUCCGAAGCGUUUAGUCGAGAACUCUAGUUCAACCGAGGGCCGAGAAAGAGAACGGGAGCGCAACGCAGUGCGCGAGGCCGAAUGGAUACAACAGGAUCCCGUCGCCGCGGCGCUUGACACUCGAACCCCCGUCGAACGGUACCGACAAGCACCCAACAAAGCGUUCUCGGUGACUGAUCUCGUUUCACCGGCUUGGUGCGAGCUUCAGUACUGGCUUACGUUGACCAAACAUGGGCGAAAGAAGCCGACUGCUGCGAUGAAGAAGGGUAGCUCCAUGCACAAGACACUCGAGGAUGAGAUAUAUACCACUGUCCCUGUGGAAGUUACGACUAAAGAGGAUGCGUGGGGUCUCAGAAUAUGGAAUGUUAUUCAGGGACUGCGCAUGCUGCGCGAUUAUGGCAUUACACGUGAGCUGGAGGUUUGGGGCGUUGUCGAUGGGGAAUUUGUCAAUGGCGUUAUUGAUGAGUUAUCAUACGAGUGUCCCAACUCGGAGCUCGAGGCUACUGCUGCUGGGUACUAUGCGGACGUUGUAGCGUCGCGUGCUGCCCUGCCGGAGUAUCAGAUGUCUUUGUCGGACUAUCUGCUUUCUUCUUCGCAGGGCGGGAUGAAGCUUUCGGACCUUGGACAGAAUGAAGUUGAGGAAACAGGACAUAUUGAACCGGAACUGCCUCCAGAAGUCUACAACCUGCGCCGGAUUUAUUUGACAGACGUGAAGACGAAGGGUAACCGAUCACUACCGACUGUCAAGAGCACGGGGUUCCGGCCUACUCUUCUCCAGUUGCAACUAUACUAUCAUAUGCUAAACCGGAUGAUCACGAGUGAUGACGUUACUAUUGACCUCCUUGCCACUCGUUACGACUUCGACGCCCAGAAACCCUUCACGAGCGCUUUCGUCUCGGAGGUUGGAGGCCUGAACGACCAAUUCUUCGACGCCCUCUCCUCCCAAGAGUCCGAACAGAACGAGGGUCCUUCUAAUGCUAGCGAGGACUCAACCAGCCUCCUCCUAACACACAACAACCUCUCCCAUCUUUGGAGUCUCAUGAUACAACAAUUCCGCCUCACAUUCCUCCCCGAACAGUCCUCCAAUACACAAUCAAUCGCACCAUCUAUCCCAUCAGUUUCCCAGCCAGAGCUCUUGGAAUCAUACCCGACCCUGCUCUCCCCGGUGCUCACAGCUAGAUAUCUCUCAUCUGUUGCUAAUGAAGACCUAGGGAGACAGCUCAUUGGAAGCCGAUCUUUCCUCUUCGAUCCGACAUCCCUCACCUCCUACCUCUCCGACCAGAUGACCUGGUGGCGAGGUGAGCGAGAUCCUCGCGGCGUGGAUAUCAUGGACGCGUGGAAAUGUCGGAUGUGCGACUUCCGCGAUGAGUGCUCUUGGCGUGAGGAGCGUGAGAUGGCUUAUGCGAGACGGGGUGGAGGUCGCAGAGGGUCUGUUGCGGAUAUAUGA